AAGGAGCAGAGUUUUCAAAAGCGGAACUGAUGUUUUAUUCUUGGAUUUAGCUCUUGAGAGGCAACUUUAGCCAGUGAWUCUAACUACAAAAGUUGAAAAAUGGAUGGUCUAGUUGAACAUUUACAAGAAACACUGAUUAAUCAAUUUGCCACCUCAACAUGCAGCAUGUCCAGCGGAAAUCAGGUGAAAAAAGAUCCUCUGAUACAACCACUAGUAUUAAAACGAACAGUCUGUUACAUCGUAAGUGCUGUUGUCAUUGAAGACGGUAAAGUGCUAAUGAUGAAAGAAGCAAAAAAGAGCUGUCGUGGUUUGUGGUAUUUGCCAGCAGGGCGGGUAGAAUUCAAAGAGAGCUUGGUUGAAGCCGUGAAGAGAGAGGUUUUGGAAGAAACGGGAUUGAUUUUUGAACCCUCAAGUCUUGUUUGCAUAGAAGGGCCAUCURUGAAUUGGCUUCGGUUUAAUUUUACUGGAACAAUUACAGGAGGAAAAUUGAAAGCUCUUCAAAAUCAGGACAAAGAGUCGAUGGAGGCUGGUUGGUUUCCUGUUGAGGAAGUUCUUCAACAUCGUUUACAGCUAAGAGCUGGUGACAUUUGCCCAUUGAUAAAAUGGACAAAAUCUUGGAAUGACACRAAGAAAAGUGACCCUUUAUUCUCUGRCUUGCCUCGGCAAAAACCUCACUGUAGAGUAACAAUUCACAUAAUUUUAGUCACAGAACACCAAAAUGGGAUGAAAGUUCUAGUUGACAAGGAAAAUCAAAUGGGAUUUUUAGAAAUCACAUCAACAUUAAGUGAGAUUUCUGUUUUUGAAGUUGCAACUCUGUUAAUSAAAAGAGCACUAAAAGGUCAAGAUGACUUCAAAAUUAUUGGUGUAAUGAGCGUGGAACACWGUGCUGGCCCUKAAGGUGUCUCUGAUGGCAUUGGUCUUACCUUAUUAGCUGAGCUUGUGAAUUCAUCCAGUCUUGAGCAUGUUAGAAGUAGAUAUGCCUGGGUCAGUGUUGAUGACAAGAGUAUGAAAGAUCAACUAAAGAAACUCUGUACAGAAGGAUGUAUAGAAUUAUUGAAAAAAUGACCAACUUUGCUCUGUAGAGUUUUUUAAAAAAACAUUGUUAUUGAUAGAAAUAUAAGAUAGAAAUAAUGUCCAA